CACGGGGGCAUAUUUUUCUCCCGGUGUUGAUCACGUGAAGCUGCAUUUAUAUUUCCUCCUGUUCUUUGUUCUGAGGUAUUAUUUCCUUUUGACGAGCGAAACGGACUCAUCUGCUUCUGAUACACCGCAGCAGUCCUGCAUCUGGAAUCUACUGGACUCAUCAUGGGAGAGUUCUGUCUCAAGGAAGGAAUGUUCCUUUUUGUUUCCUCUCUGGUGCUGAUCUGCGGCGCUGCAGAGCAAGACUACUUCGUUCAUGACUCGGGGGGCCGGACGUGGGACAAGGCCAGGAGCUACUGCCAGGUCUGUUACAAAGAUCUGGCGACGGUGACCCCCGCAAACAUCAAAACCAUCGCUCAGAACCUCACCGCCGUCAGCUGGAUCGGCCUACGCAGGAACUUCUCAGACGCCGGCAGCUCCAGCGCGUCCUGGUCCCGCUGGGCCGACGGGGAACGCCUCCUCUUCCAGAACUGGUAUCCCGGCUGGCCUGUCUUCCAGAAGAACGUCUGCUACUGUAACUGUCCGACCACCGCGACCACGACGCGCUUCACCCCGUUCACGCAGUUCACGAGCCUGAACGCGCCGAGCUCGGCCGAAUUCCCGAACAUGACGAACUCUGCCGAAUUCCCGAACGCGACGAGCUUUGCCGAAUUCCCGAACGCGACUGGCUCGGCCGAAUUCCCGAACGCCACGAGCUUUGCCGAAUUCCCGAACGCGACGAGCUUUGCCGAAUUCCCGAACGCGACUGGCUCGGCCGAAUUCCCGACCGUGGUGGGGCCAACUAUGACGAGCUUUGGCGAACCGGCGCUGCCGGGGGGAACCGAGUGCGUGCUGUCGCCGGACCCUGCGGGGAACUACGUGGAGGACUCGUGCGUGGCCAUGCUGAGUUUCGGGGCCUGGGUCGAAAGGAGCUGCUCUGAGCGGCUUUCGUUCGUGUGUUAUGAAGAUCGUUUCCCCGGCCGAGUGGAAGUGACCGAGGUCACGUCGGAGAGCGCCGUUCUGACGUGGCUCCCCGUUCCCAACAUCAGCCACUCCCGGGUUGAAGUCAAAGUCCACGGAAACGUCACCCAAAAUGUGACCAACCUGUUGACCCUUGACCUGGUCGGCCUGACGGCGGGCUCCCUCCACACGGUGCAGGUCUUCCCGGUUAAGUGCGGGAGAGACAUGCACCCGCAGCAGACCGCCUUCUACACCAAACCCAACAAAGUGGUGGACCUCGUCGUCGCCGACGUGACGGAAGCCUGCGUCAAACUGAAUUGGAGCAAACCGGCUGGAAACGUGGAUAUCUAUCACGUCAAAUUCGGCGGCGCGUCGAUUCGAAACAAAACUGAGGGCAGUGAGGUCUGCAACUUGACCCCCGGGAGCCCGUACACUUUCUUCGUCCUCUCGGGGGUCGAGGACAACUCCAUCUGGAGCGACGAGUCCAAUGUCACAACAUACACCAGGCCCGGCAAGGUGUCCCACCUGAAUGUGACGCAGAACACGCACAGCUCGCUGCUGCUGGCGUGGGAGCGGCCCGCCGGACACACCACGGGUUUCGGGGUGACGGCCGCGACGGACAGUGAUCGCGUGUUGUUUAAUGAAACCGUGACGCAAGAGAAGGUGAAUGUGACGUCGCUGCCGCCCGGCACCAAGAUAACCCUCAACGUGACGGCCCUGACGGCCGGCGGCAAACUGGAGGGAGAAACCGUGACCGUUGUCAGCUACACCACUCCCACGCCGGUUUCGGACCUGGUUUUGAGAACCACAUCCAACACCCUCAACGCCAGCUGGAAUUCAGCCAACGGGGAUACUUUCGACGUGGAGCUGUGGCUGGAUGGCGAACUCGUUGGCCCGAUCUACAGCGUCUCCACGGCCGAGAAGCCCUUUGUCGGACUGAAGGCGGCGGCCAACUACGCGGUGAGGGUCAGCGCCGUCACUGGACACCUGCGCAGCCUGCCGAAGGAGGCCUCCGCGUUCACCAAGCUGCUGCCGCCGACUGACGCCAGGCUCCGGUCCGCCGAUAAACACCAAAUCACCUUCGAGUGGAGCGCCCCUGAAAACAUAGCGAAAGUGAAUUACACCGUCAGGCUCUACUCCACCUUCUGGGGCCAGGACUGGUCCCACGCGGAGAACGAAACCUUCCACACGUUUGACGGCUUGAAAUCGGGGACGAACUACGGCUUUGAGGUGCGAACCGUGGCGAAUGGGGCUGAAAGUGACCCGGCGGUUGCUUCAAAUUACACGGUUGCGGUGAAGAAGGAGAUCAGCCUGUCUAUGAUGUGCUCCUCGGCUCAGUCUCUCCUCUGCGAUAAGCAAAGCACCAGGGAUUCUGUGUUCAAUGAGUUGAACACACACUUCAGGGAGCUGUUGGGGGACAGCGUUGUCUGGAAACUUGUGAAGCAGGAAAACUGAAAGCAACACAAUAGUCAUUUUUUAUGAAUGUUAUUCUUGAUUAAUUGCAAUUGGUGAAGGUAUUUUAACUGGUUUGCACUGUACGGCCGCUCAGGAAAUGAAAUAUUAUGCCUUGUCAUAUUUAGUAAAAAAACAAGAUUCAAUUUUAAUCUAUUUACAACUUUAUUGAGCUGACUUUUGUCCUUUCUCUAUGUAUCUGUAAUGUUAUCUUUGCACCAAUAGCGACCUAUCGUACUUUUACAAUUCAAUGUAAAAUCAUCAUGAGAAUUUGUUUUUUAUCACGUUUGACUGUAAACUUCCUGAUAGUCUUAUUUCUUCCUUGACAAUUUUAACAACUAAUCAAAGGUCCUACAUGUGUUCAAUAAAGAUUUCUGCCUGAUCUCACAAA